AUCAAAUGACUUUACGAUCCAUAAUUAGGCAAAUUAAUUGAUCAGAUGUUUCAGAUUUGUUAAUAAAUUCAGCUCUGCUAACAUGGGAAAUCAUUUACAUUCUUGUGAAAAUCGCUAUUUUAUAGCUUUUGGAUUCAUAUUUCUUACUUAUUUUUUUUGGAUGGACCUAAUGCUCUAUUAUCAUUUGCAAAAUCGAAAACCAGGUCUCCAAAUUAAUGCUAGUCAAAAAGCCCCACAUUUCUAUACACCGUUUUCAGAUAUGACAAUGAAGCUCAUUAUGUGUGAUUCUCCUAAUCAUUAUAUAUGGACACCUUUAGCUCAAUUAUCUGUAGAUGUAUUACAUUUAACGAAAUUAUUUCCUGGCCUAACUGCUAAUAUGAUAACAUUUGCUCAUUUCUGUGUUGCAAUUAUUGCAGCAAAAUUUAUAUCAUAUGACCGUUUAUGUAUGAGAAGAAUUGGAGUUUUAUUAUUUGAAUUUAGAACAUUCUUAGAUGCAUUAGAUGGUGUUAUUGCGAGAGAACGUAAAAAUAAGCGCUAUCUAAUGGAAUCUGAACAUGGAACAUGGGGUUAUAUAUGGGAUGGCUCAGCCGAUAUCUUUGGAUCUUUAAUAUUAAUGCUGGCUGCUUUCAAUUAUUUAUAUAAUAAAUUUCAUAGGAUAUCUAUACAUGAAGGGGGUUAUAAAUUGUUAGAAUCUGGAAAUGGUAAUUUAGAGAAUAAAACAACUAUAUCAACCAAAGUCAUAUGGUCAAAAUUAUUUAGUAUUGCUAUAUUGAUGACAUUUAGUUUAUCAUUUUGGGAUAGAUAUAUAACAAAAUACCAUUUCUUCCUUGAAAACAUAUAUGCCACCCCUAAUCAACAAAUAUUAGAAAAUGAAGUCCUUAAAUCAUCAUCAAUGUGGAUUAUCAUAUGGUUUUGGAGGUUAUGUAAUGCUCAUGCAUUUUUAGAGAUAUGUAUGAUAGCAAUUUUUGUUGACAAAAUAUGGGAAUUUUUGUGUUGGAUCCAGUAUAUUGGAUUCUUUGUGAUAUCAUUAUUAAUAUUAGUUAGUGAAAUUCAUUUGCGCAAUACAAUUCAAUUUAUAGGUCCUAUCAUUCCUACCUAAAAUUCAAAAUACAUCCAAAUAUUUAUACCACUACAUAUUAUUUUACAAUACUUUUUUGUAAUUUUUUUUUUUAAACUUAUAUUCAAAAUUAGUCAUUAUGUGCUAAAGAGUGUUCUAUUUGUGAUAUUUAAGAAUCUGGUUUAAAAAUUAGUCAUUAAAAUAUUCUAUAGAUAAUUUUAUAUCUUUUGUGAUAUUUAAGAAUUUGCUUUCAAAUCUAUUCAUCACAUUAACACCUUAAUAACAUUUAUAGUAUUUUAUUUAUAAUUUAAAUUAUAUAUUGGUGUGAUAGUUGUGAUAUAUUUAGCUUUUGUGAAAAUUUAUUGAACAUUUAUUAUACUCAAAACAAAAAUAACACUUUAUUUAAUAUAUUAAGUUGUCAAAUUUUGGACAAAUCUUCCUUUAUGCUU